UGAGAAGUUCUCCUCCUCCCAGAGCUAGAAGUUCGCCACUGUGGCAAGAGCGGUGACCCCCUCAGAAGACCCCAGCGACCAACAAGCCAGCCCCAGAGUCAUGGGCCUUGAGACAGAUCUGGAGACCAGCCCAGGGGAGAAGCUGGCCUGCCAUCAGAAGGCCAUCCCCGCCGCUCACCUAACUUUUGUUAUCGACUGUGCUCGUGGCAAACAGCUCUCCCUGGUGGCGCCCCCGGCACCACCCAGAGCCCCCGGUCCUCAUCUAGGACCUGUCACUCCUCCGAUGAAGACCUAUAUCUUGUUCUGCGGAGAAAACCGGCCCCACCUGACUCAGGAGGCCCCUCUGGGUGGCGUGCGCCUGGCCCACACCGGGGGGACCCUGCCACCCCGCAGAGGGACGCUGGCCCCAGCUUCCUCCCCAGUCAGCCCACGGGUCCCCCAGGAGGCUCCUGAAGCCAAGGGGAACCCCUUGAAGAUUGUGCCCUCAAGGUCUUCAGCUUGGGGCACGGUCAUCGGCUCGCUCAAAGCCCUCUCCUCCUGCGUCUGUGGGCAGGCAGAGUAACUGGAAGAGCUUGGCCGUGGAAGAGGGGGUUGGCAGGGCCGGCUCAAGAGCUGGGGGGCUGCAGCUCCCAAAGCCCCAGCCCCCUUCCCCAGCCAAGCAGGAGUCUUUAUGCCGGAGCCAAGGAAGAGCAUUAGAUCGAUCAAGGACAUCUGAAACGGCCACCAAGUACACACUCAAAGGUCUCCUCCUUCCUCCUCCUUAUCUUUGCUCACCUUUCACUAGAAGCAGGGUAAGGCACCUGCGCUUGGAAAGAGACCAAUUUGUUCCUACAGCAAAUCCUAAUAGGGCAACUUCUGCAUGCCAGGCUCUGCCGAGUACUAGGGAAGACACCACAGCG